AAACCCUGGGGGACUCAGAAGCGGGUGGCGGUGUAGGGCGUGUAAGAAGGAGAUAGCCAGGGCCCUGGGCGGGGGCGGGCCCUCCUUAUCGUCCCAGAGGGCUUGUCUGCUACAGGGGCUCCCAGCGGCCUCCCGCACCGAAGGGACUCUGGGCGUCUGAGGCCCUGAUCCGGGCAGGCCUUCAGGAUGUUAGCAGUCCCCGUCCGGUUGAAGGUAGGAAGCCGAAAACCCGAGUGGGAGACGAACAGACUUACCUCCUGUCCCGCAAAAGAUCCACUAGAUCGUCGUCUCCAAAACCUGAGAGACCGCGAACGGAUUCCAGAGCCGCAGCGUUGUCUCAGACCUGGCGUUCAGAAAGAUUCUAGAGAGCACGGGCAGGUCCCGGAGGUCUCAGACCCACAGGCCUGCGGGGCGGGGGCGGGGUGGCGCCCAGGACGACUCUCCCGGCUCAGCUUGGCUGCCUGCCUCCUUCUCCUUCAGCUGGACUCAGGGUUGGGAUCACUGGAGGAGGAGGUGGCUUCCUGCCCCAUUGUUCUGGACUGCAGUGUUUCUUGGGAAUACUUACUGUAUGUGGAUUUUCAGUAACCAACUUGGAAAGCUAUAUUUGUUCCCAUGAUUCAGCAAACAAUGAGUACCUACUGUGUGCAGAAGCAGCAGGACAGCCUGUCAUCACUGGGAAAGAGGCCAGAAGAGCCAUUUGGCCAGGGUCUCCAAUUUAGGCUUUCAACAUUAUCUCUAAAUAAGGUUAUACAUUAUGUCGGCUCCACUGGCUGAUGGGAUCAAAGACCCUCCUUGUAUAUCCUUAAACCUGUACUCUAUUACCAGGCCACUGUGCCUGUGGAGCACUGUAAGUUCCUACCUUUUAAUAAAUUUUAUAAUUAUCUUGUGAGCA